UAGUAAUUGAAAUACGACAACGUUGUAGGUGUAACAAUAUUAUUAUUAUGGUGUCGCGUCUAUAGAAAACGAUGACGCGUUUGCAUACGGUGCGGUGGAGAUGAUAACAAUACGUCGUUGAUGAUGGCGGUGUGUUCUUACCGGCCGGGAACUUGCGAUGUAGGUACAUCACAAAAGAGAAAACUAAUUAAUUAAUUUAAUUAAUUAUUUACAUAUACGCAUUCGAAAUAUUAUUACAUACGCUUGAAUGCUGCCGAAAUAGUAGACACGGAAAUUAUUUAUGAUAUUACGCGGGAUCAUCCCUUCGUAAUACGGAAACACGCGCAGGUAGACUUUUUAAAUAUUAUUUCUACAUAAUUAAGUAGAUAUAUAUAUAUAUAUUUAUACGAAUAGAAUCGUAAAUAGGAAUUUUAUCACAUCGACUUUAAUUACAUCGCAGAGGAGCCAAUAUUAUAAUUAAUAGUGUAAACAUUAAUUUCACCGUAUAUUAAUAAUAUACAGGUGUUUCAUUUAAGUAGGUACACUCAUUAUAUCCGAAAUCAAUUACUUUAUUCGGAAUUUAUUGCAUGGAACUUUUAAGAAACACACAGCUCUAUAAUUUUACAUUUAUGUUAUUUUUUGUCAGCUUUAUUAUAAAACCUAUGCUGACAUUUUGAAUUUCCAUCAAUCCGUUGACGUAAAUAUUCCACAUUUAAGUAUGGGUCGGGGGAGAGUAGUGGAGCAUCAUUUUUGUGGCGACACAGCGCGCGGCAUUUUUAUAAUUUACCACUUCUCUUCCCCGACACAUAUUUAAAAGUGGAAUAUCCAGUGGCGUAUUUAGGAUUUUCUUGAGGAGGAAAUUAGAAAUACAUUUUCAGAGAAACUAGUGGGCCAAAAGCCUUAUUUUUUUUUUUGCUUUUCAGGUUUCUGAGCUGGCUAAUUAAUGUUGAUUUGACUGACUGAAGGGUUCACUUUUUUUUUUUUUGGAAGGGGGUAUUAUGAACAAAUUAUUCUACCCCCUCGCUUGGUUCCUGGGUACUAAUAAAACGGUAAAUAUUACUAUAUUAUAAACCAAAAUCAUAAAAAAUAAUAUAUUUUUUUAUGUGUAAUUCAACAACUAUAAUAAUAAUAAUAUUAUAAUCAUAAGUAAUCAAGUAUAUUUUAAUAAGACAGUAUUAAUUAAAGAAUAGCAUUUUAAGUUUAACGUAAUAAUAUAAUGUAACGUAGUAAUAUAAUAAACAAAAAACAUUAAUAACUUAAUAAUAGCUUUAUAGUAAUUAACACAAUGAAAUAAAUGUAUAAAAUAUUUAGCUGAUUAUAUUGAUCAUUGAUAAAGAUCUACAUAGGUUUAUAAAACACAUAGAUUUACACAUGGACAUUUAAUUGCUAUUUGAUGCUAAUAAAUAUAUAAUAUAAUAUAUAUUACCUAAAUAAUUUAAACGAUCUACAUGUGAUUAAUUUAUAAGCUGUGAUCAUGAAAGCAUAUAAACCUAUAUAAGCAUAUAACCUUACUUAAUUUAGUCUUUUUUUUUAAGAAUAACAAUGCUAACACAUUUUAACAAUUUUUAUUUUUUUUUAUAUUCAAUGAACUAAUUAAUUACUUCCUGUGAUUGUGAAUUGCAUGCCUGACUAAAACUUUCUAAAGAAUUUGUGGUCCCUGCAGAUUUGUUUAAUUCUGUAAUUUUUCUUAUAAGUAAUUUCACCUAAAUAUCACAAAAACUUGAAUUUACAUUUCAAAUUUCACAAAAAUUAGCACUUACUUCAGUCUCGUUAUUUUUUCUUAGAAUUUGUUUAUUGAUUGUGAAAUAUGAUAACAGGGUAUUCUUUUUUGAUGCUAUUGAACAAGUAGGUAAUUUAUAUCGAAAAAUAAAAAAUAAUAUAUAAAUAUAUUUAAAAUGUUACUAUAAGUGUUAUAUCACUUUUAAUAUAUGUAUAUAUAUCACUUUAAUAUAUAUAUAUUUUAAAUCGUGGUUUCAAUAUUCAAUGCAUUAUAAUUUGAGCAAUGAAAGUAUAAACAGAACGCCGAAUAGUAUACAUAAGUAUUAUAAUGGUUUUCAUUUAUUAUGAACCUAACCUAACUAGUAACCAAUUACUGUAUAAUACAAUCUUAGAUCAUAAUAUAAAAUAUGAUAAUAGAAUACAGGAGACUGUGGAUAAAAAUCUGCGAUAAACGUUAUCAUUUGGUCCACUGAGAUAAAAGAUUUAUGUAUAAUUUUACCUGUAUGUGCUCCUUAUUAAUUAUUAUUAUCAGAUAUUCAUAUUUCAUACAUCGUUAGUUGUGAUUACAAGUGAUUACAGUUGUGGUACAGACAUAGACCUUACACAAGGUCUAUGGGUACAGAAAUAAUAAAUAAAAAAGGCCAAGAGAGAUCUAUACCCCAUAUCCUCCCUGUAAAUACACCACUAGGAAUAUGACGUCAAUGGGUUGACGAAAAACAAACGUUUUAACACUAACAUUUAUUUUAAUUGAUACUCCAUCUAUUUAAGGAAUUUUUUACAUACAUUGCUAUUUAAAAAUCAAUAGUAGGUAGUGGUUUUUUAAUAAGGAUGACAAAAAUAUAACAUAAAUGCAAAAUUGUAGAGCUGCUUGUUUCUUAAAUAGUUUAUGCCACAAAUUGCCACAAAUUACGAAAAAAUUUAAUAAUUUCCGAUAUAAUGAAUGUACUCACUUAAAUGGAACACUUUGUGUGUAUAUACAUAAUAUUAUGAGAAACGCGUAGACCUAUCUAUAUAAAAUGCAUAUAAGCUAAUGGAUGGCACGGGAAAAGAAAGGUUAAUUUUGUUUUCAGUUUUGAGAUAAUAGUAUCUAUAUUAUAAUAUGCGAUCGAUUCGAGUGCAUUGACACUUUUUGCCUUUUAUCGAACAUUUUGUUCCAUUCGGUAAAAAGAAAUUUCAGUUGAAUAAUAUUGAAGAUAAAAUAUUAGAAAUAUACUGCAGGUUCAAAACUGUAGAGAAGGUUUGUUUUGCAGAACAAUUUUCAAAAAUGGUCAAUUUAUCCUUACUUUACUGUUAGUAGUCCUUCAUAAAUUUAGUUGAUACUAUGCUAUAUGUUAUUUCCAUACUCUUCUUUCAAUACUUCUUUAUAAUAUAUUAAUAAAUAUUUAUUUCGUAUAAAACCAAAAUAAUUUGAAUUCAAACUACACAAUUUUCUUUGUCCGGGGGUUUUGGGGUUUUACGAAACGUGAGAUCGGAAAAGUAUCUCUUAGGCUCUUAAUAAUGUUCUGCCCCCGUAGGCCGUUUUUUAGUAAAUUUCGAAUGUAUGUCCGCUUCUCCCUAGUGUGUGUCUAUUUGAACACAAAAACCUUCCUUAAAAAAUGUACUGCCGGGCUCCCGUUAAAUCAACUGUUAUCUUAUUUAAAUAAUAUGAUUUAUUUCGAUAUCGAUCUGCAGUGAAUCUAUUAUAUUCAUGAAUUUAAUAGGACGAUGGAACAUGCGUAGAUGUCUAAUCAACAAAUAGGUAAAAUAUUGUAUACAAUUUGUAUUCUUUAAUAGACUAUAAUACGUAAUACUUGUAUAUUACUAUUUCCUAACUAAAAUGAGAUAGGAAUAUGGUUAUUGACGUUAUCGUUGAAAGAGAACAAAAAAUAUUAGCUACAACUAUAAAAAAAAAAAAAAUGUAUAUACAUUGAUUCGUCGUUCCAAUGCUUAUAAUCUAGAACAUUCGAUAAUAAUAAUGAAUUGGUAUUUAUAUAUAAUGUUAAACUUUAAUAUAAGUAUGGGUACACGUGUAGGAUGUAUAGGUAUAGACUAAUUUGAAUUGUUGAAUAAUAAAUUACUAUUCUAUGAAUUGUUUAUUUACGGUAUCAUCCGGAAUGCCGUUACUAUUAUUAUUACGUUUAGUAUUUAAUUUAUUGUAGUAUUAUUGAUUUUGUCAUUCUAGGGCACGUUUUUAUACGAAUAAAAUAAUACAUUUUACGUUAAAAAUAACCGUAUAUCUUAUUUAAUAAUAUACAAUUUGUAGUUUUGUUUAAAAAUUCCACCAAACCGAACUGUUUUUCUUUUUUAAAUAUUGGUCACACAUACCUACGUUUUAAAUUCAGAAAGUAGUGAAGAAUGUAUUGGUUUUACUAAAAUGUUUAUUUUUUUGUAUUGUGUACAAAAAUUCUACCAGAAAUCUUACUCCGAUAUGUAUUCGUAGCACCAUUUCUAAAAGAAUAUAUUGUUCAAAUAGUACUUUUAGGAGGUCAUUUUUUGAUUUUCCAAGCGGUUUUCAUAAUAUCUGUGAAAACCAGUAAAGUAUAGAUCUUAAAAAACGGGAAAUUUACGAAAAUAUUGCUUUUAUUAUUAUUAUUUCAAUUUUGUUAUUUGUUGUAAGUCAGUUAAAAAUAUUCGUAUUGAUUUUACGAACUUGAAAUUUGGAAAAAAAACGUAAAAAACGAUACUGAGUGAAGUUCGAUUUAUAGUGUUUUUUGUCAACAAUAUAUGCCAUAUUAUGGUAAAAUAAUUACAAAUGUAUUAAGCAUUUUCUUUAAUAAUAUUUGUUCAAUAUUGCACCUAUUUUUCUGUUCUCUCGUUUUUCUUCCAAUAUAUUGAAAAAACCGAGAAAAUCAAAAAUGACCCUCCUAAAGUACCUCCCCAUUCAGAUUUUCUUUUAGAAAAAGUGUUAUCAUUGUAAAUCGAAGCGAAAUUGCUAGUAGAAAAGUUGUUCCAAGAUUAAAAAAAAAAACAUCAUUGUAAAACCAAUACAUUUCUGGCGCCACUCAGAGUCUAAAACUUAAUUGUGUUAAGAUUACUGAGUUGAAAAAUAAGAAACAAUCGUUAAAAAUAGUUGCAAAUUAGUUGCGCAUUAUUGGUAUUAAUAUGAUAACACGGGGAGCCAACUGAAUACACGUAAUUAUUAAUAAAACAACUGCAGAUCAACCUCAACACAAUAUGGUACAAUUAUUAUUGUUAUUAUUAUUUCAAAUACAUUACAUACGUCAUUAUAUAAUAAUGUGCAUGUAUAUCAAAAUUAUUAUUAUUAUUAUUAUUAUGUAAAUUAUUAAAUCGUUUAUUUUUCAGCGGUUCGAUUUUAUAUCUUAUAAUGUUUUAUUAUAGUAUAGUAUCUGUAUAUUAUACAGAGUUAACAUUUCAGACAUUUUUUUUAUUUCGAUUAAUUAACUGUACACUUCUUUUCUCUGAACUUUAAAAGAUUAUUAAAAACCACUAAUUCAAUGAAAAUAAAAUGUUAAUACGUCAACAUUUUCAGAAGAAUAAACUUUAUAAAAUGGCUAUCUUCAAAUUUUUCAAAAAUAAUUUAAUAAAAGUUAUUUUUCUAGUUUUUUUUUACCAAAACAUAACAAUUUAAUUCAAAUAUCAAUAUUUAUAGUCCUUAUUCUUGUUAGUAAUAUAAAAAAAAAAAACCAGGAUUUGAUUAUCCUUAUUAUCUCAGGAAAUAUUUAAAUUGGUAUAUCUUCAUGGGACACCCUGUAUAGGAUAUACCAACCACAAUGAUUUAAUUUUUAUUUCGAUGUGAAACUGUCUACCCGCGCAAUAUACAAACGCGUUUAUUAUUCAUCACAUUACACGCCAGUAAUCGGUUAUAAUAUUAAGUGCUUUAUAGUAAAAUACUUGUAUAAUAUCAUGGCUGGUACAUAACUUUCAGUAUGGUAUUUUUUUUUAUUUUACGCAAAAAUUCAGGUUAUUAUACAGGUAGAAUGAUGUACAGCCGGGGUUAAUAUAUACGAGUAUAUAAUAUGGUUUAUGAGUUAUGACGUAUGCAUAUAUAAAAGUAUUUAUAAAUAUUAUUAAUCGUGUAAACAGUGGCGGAUCUAGUUUGAUAACUGUGGGUCAGCUAUUUUCGAGAGGCCACAUUUUUAGGGCCAAUAUUAUUUGGACUAAGAAUUCAUACAGAAUUUUUUUUUUUUUUUUUUAAGGGGGGGGGGAAAUAAAAUUAUGGCAUGGCAAAUAAUUUUAAAAAGUAUUUUAAUUCUUGAAAAUAAUAAAUUUUUUUAGUCUCAUUUUAAAGUGUGAAAUAUUUAACUUUUUUAAAAAAGUUUGUUUUAUUUUUUCAGAAAGCACUUAUUCGGUGCAUUUAUUUGUUUACGCGUUACUUUAAAAGAUUCGUAAUAUUUCAACCGGUAGUAUUUGAUUUAAGCAUUUUUCAGAAUUUUCAAUAUUUAAAAUAUAAUUCAUAUGCAUGUUACCUAUAAUCAUAAUAUAAUAUAUAUAAUUUGAAUCAAAUUUUACUUUACAUUUUUUUUAACAUGUACCUAUUUUAAAAAAUAUAUAACAUAAAACUCUUAGGUCUAUCAUUUGAAUACAUAUUCUGAAUAAUAUUUUUUGUAUGUAUUUGAAUAUUUAUUUUAAAUACCUAUUUUAUAUUCUGAGUGCAGCGAAGAAUGUAUAGGUUUUAUUAACAUGUUUCUUUUUUUUCUUUUUAUAUAUUGUGUACAAAAAUUCUACCAGAAAUCUUGCUCAAAUAUAUACGCGUGGCACUGUUUCUGAAAGAAAAUAUUAUCUAGAUAGUAUUUUUAGGAGGUCAUUUUUUGAUUUUCUAAGCGGUUUUCAUAAUAUCUGGAAAAACCCGGUUAAAAAGUAAGAAAAACGUGAAAUUCACGAAAAUAAUGCUAAUAAAAUAAUAAAUUAUUACUUUUAAAUUAUGUUAUUUGUUGUAAUUCAGUUAAGCAUAUUUGUAGAUACUUGAAAUUUAGAAAGAAAAUUUAUAUUUGUCUUUUCUAGACGUGGUAAAAUUUUUAAAAAUUUAAGCCAUUCUUUGGCUAUUUAUAAACAUUUUAAUUUUGCGAGUUUUAUACGUAAUUUUUAUUCGGUAGGUACUGUGUAGUAAACAGAAAUGCUUCAAAAUUUAACAAAAGAUAAAUUAAAAGUCUUACUUUAUAGUCAGAAAAAAAAAUUGAGUUUAACGUAAUAUUUUUUUAAAUUUUUUUUAAGGGAAAUUGUAUUCCCAUGGUAAUUUAGGGAGGUUAUUUUUUGAUUUUUUAAGCGGUUUUCAUAAUAUCUGGGAAAAACCGGGAUAAAAUAUUCGAAAAACGGAAAAUGUACGAAAUGUAGGUAUUAGUAAAAAAAUAUUAUUGCCUUUUUUUCUGUGUAAAACAUUUCUACCAGCAAUUUCACUCCGAUUUAAAAUGAUAGCUUUUUUUCUGAAAGAAAAUCUGACUAAAAAGGUAUUUUAGGAAGUCAUUUUUCGAUUUUUUCAAGAGUUUUCCUAGCAAAUGUGAAAUACCAGAAAAAUCGGUAUAAUAUUAAAUAAAUAUUAUUAUAGAAAAUAUAUAAUACUUAUUUUCUUUUUUUAUCAUAAUAUGACAUAAAUAUUGUUGACAAAGCAUCACUAUCAAAUGAACCCCGCUCAGAAUCGUUUUUUUCGUUAUCAAUGUUUAAUCUUUGUUUACAGGUAUACAUUAAAUUAUCUAUAAUAGUGGCUGCACCGGUCUCCAUUAUCCUAGGACGUCUUUUUAAAAAUAAUACUUUUACUCAAGUCUGAUUAUAAAUUAUUAUAUAUAAUAUGUUUCAAUUUCGAAAAUUUAUAAUUUUUUUGUUAUGGUUUAUACUUGAUAAAAUUAAUAAUUCUUUUUUGAGUUCACAUUUGAGGAGCUUUAAGGUACUUAUUUAUUAUUAGGUUAUACAUAUAAUAACUGUAGAACCAUAGAAAAUAAAUAAUAAGUAGGCCCUUUUGGUUUUGAGACUCAGAUGAUUUUUUAUUUUCUAUCUCACUUGGCAAUAAUAUUGGAUAUUAGGUCCCGCGACAAAAUACACCGAGUAAAGAAAUGAAAUUGAAAUUUUAACAUCUCAAGCUUUAUUACACGUUUAUGCACUUCAUAACAGUAGUUAAACUGGGAAAAAUUUCGAAGGAGGACUACUGUAUUCGCCGAAAAUCAAGGGGCGUUCCCGAGAACUAACUCGACCUUAUCAAACUUUCGGGAAACCCAUUAUGGAACCAAGAGUUCCAAAAUAUUUUUCUCUCACACAUUUCAUUUGUUUAUAUAAAUUGGGUUUAAAAGUAAACUGUCUUCUUCCUCAAAUAUUAUUAUACGCAUAGUAAAAGUACAAAGUGAACUCGAGAUUUUAAGAUUCCAUUAAAAAUAACUAAAGCUUUCCAUUGGACUUCAAAAACUUAACUAAUAACUCAUUAAAAUUGAUAACUUUACCUUAAAUAAUAAGGGGAAAUGUGUACCUCCACUUUAACCACUGUUUCAUAAAACGUAUAUAUUAUUAUUUAUUAUAUAUAUAGUAAAAGAAAAAAAUUUAUAUAUUUUGGUAAAAUGUUGAAUUUUAAUACCUCAUAAUACACUGUUUUCACAUAUUAUAUCUAUCGUGUUUUUAUUUUAUUUUUAAAAAAAUUUGAUGUUACGAAUAUAUCGUAUGAGUAUAUAAUAAAAGUUCCUAUUCUUAUAACAAUUAUAUAGAAAAUCUGAAUUAUUCUACACAUUUUGUUAGUUAUAAGGUAUCAUUCGAUUAUUUUAGAUAUUUGACGAUAAUUUUUAUUUGAUAAAUAUAAAAAAAACAGGCUUAUAAUAAAAAUGUAUACGUAUGUCUAUAUAAUUUUAUCAAUAAUAAUAUUAUUGCUGUAUAAUCCCUAUGUAGCAUUUUCAAUAAUUAUUUGAUAUUUAUGUAAAGAUAAGUUAACUGCAGUGGGUAGGUUUACCUACGGGCUUACGAGUAUUUAAAAUUUACGAGUUUCGAACAGUUAUCUAAUCGUGUGAUUCUCUACGCAAAAUGGUAAUUGUUACAUAAUAAAGCCCAUAUUAGUAAAUUACAUAAACGCAGUAAAUUCGCUUAUAACAAGCAAUCUUAUAAUUUAAAUUUUCGCCAUUAGAUAUCACUUUAAGUUGUAUGAUUCGGUCGUCUUGCUUCGAAGAAAUAGGGUAAUAUAGUCAGAUAACAAAAAGCAAAUCUGGAUAUCCGGAUAAUUCAAAAAAUCCUGAUAAGAAUUUAAUUCAAAUCCGGAUUUGAAUAUCUAGAUAGUUGGAUAAUCCGGAUAUUCGUAUUUCAUGCCCAUCCCUAAAAGGUAUCUAUCAAAUAGUAGUUAAUAGUGUAUCCAACACACUGUAUCAGUUACUUCAUUACUUGUAGGUGGGUAUUAAGCCUUAUAAAUAUGUUCUGGCUCUUACUUAAAACUUUAUUGACCUUACUAAUUAUCUCUAUGAAGAAAUAAUGAAUAAUGGUAAAACUUUAUAAAAACAUUGAUAACGUAGUAUGUUAGAGCGAGAAACUGUUUUCUUUAAAUAUAUAUUUUUACCUAUUGAAAUCGUUUCUGUCGUUCAAUCUUUAAAAGAAAAAUAUGCUUGACCUUGUUGUACAAAAUUGUUUGCACAUUAAAUAUUUACCGUUUUUGUACACAGUGCGAUGCGGCAAUGUAGCUCUUCAUAUCGGAUGUCUGGUUUAGAUCGCCGAACAAACGUUGAUGUUCAAAUCCUGAGUGCUGCUAGUAAAGCGAUCGCAGAAAAAUGCUUUUGGAACGCGUGCAAGGCAUUAUCUUUUGGAUUGUUUUUGAUGGCUGUCGGGGCCAUAAUGGCCAUUAUUGGUAAGUGCACGUAUUAUAAAAAUUAAACAUAUCGUACGAUAUAACAAUAAUAAUAAUAUAUGUAUAACCUAAUAUUAAUUUAUACAUUUUACGCUCGCGUAGAAUGCAGACUAACUAAAUAAUAUACUAUCGUAAUUCGUAUAAGUACCUACGUCAUAUAAUAUGAUCCAUGGUAAUUUUGAUGAAUGAUUUAUUUUUGAUAUUGUAUUUCGGAUAGAUAAUUAUUAAAAAAAUGUAAAACUGUUUUUGGUUAAAUUAUAUAGUAUAUAAUUGCACGUACGAUGUAAUGAUGUAGUAAUAAAAAAAAAAUACGAUACAUAUAAAGUUAUUUAAUAUUUAUAUCAGUAAACAACAAUAAAUCAUUACUUUGCUAACGAAAAAAGAUUCCAAGCGAACUUCGUUUAUAUAUGAUUUCAUGGCCGUAAUAUUUACGAAUUUCAUCUAAAUUUUACUUUAUAACUUACAGAAAAAAAAUCUUUAUUAAAAUAAUUUUUCCUUUUUGACCAUUUGUUACGACUUAUAAUAAACCUCCUUUUAAUUUUCAAGUAUGUCUGUUAAGUGUGACAGUUUAUAUACAAAAUAUCUAAUCAAAUAAAAAUUACUUAAAAAUUCGCAAAAUUAAAAUAACUAUAAAUAGCUUAAAAACUGCUUAAAUGUUCUGAAAGUUUUACUAAGUCUAGAAAAAGUAAAUAUAAGUUUUCUGUCAACAUUUAAAGUCUCUACGGAUAUUUAAACAGAAUUACAUUUAAUUAAAAUUUACAUAAUAAAAGUACUAUUUUCGUAAAUUUCCCUGUUCUUUCUAUGUAUUUUUCGGUUUUGCUCAAUUAUUAAAAAAAAAAAACUCUAAAGAAAAUCAAAAAACGAUAUUCAUGGUCACUAGAUUAAAAAUUCACAUAAAAAAUAAAAGAUCUCUUGAUGCUUUAUAUUGGAGCAAUAUUUAUAGUAGAAAAUAUAAGCAGUACAAAUUUAAAAUGAUGAAAUCGUAACGCCGUAAAUUUGUCAGUUUUCAUUUUACGUUUUUUCCGGUUUUUCUUAAUAAUUAAUGAAACGAUGAAGAAAAUCAAAAAACAAAUACUUUACUCAUAAACUAGAUUAAAAAUCCAACAAAAUUGGUCUCUUUUCGUUUAUCUAUUAGUUCAAUAUUUAUAGUAGAAAACAUAAGCUGUAAAAAUUAAAAAUAAUGAAAUCGUUGUACCGUAAUUUGAAACAAAUCAUAUAUUAUGUAUUUUAUGGAUUUCCUAAUUGUUAAGAAAAGUACAUUGGAUACCAAAAAACUUUCUCCCUCCCUGGCUACAUAUUAAAAGGAACAAAAUCGAUCUCUAAUCAUUUUUGGAUUAGAGCAAAUAUCUCUAAUAGACAAACAAAACAUAAGUUGCAAAAAUUAAAAACAAUGAAAACAGUAAGGCCUUGGUGUGGCGCGUCGUAAAUAUUUGCAGAUUUACCUAUAAUUUUCUUUCGGGUUUUUUCCAACUAUUUUAAAAAGCCCAUAUCAAAUCAAAAAGUGAACUCGUUAUUGCACUAACCAGACAAAAUUAUCUUUUAGAAAGUUUAUUAUACUUUGGAGUAAUAUUUCUGAAACAAAAAAGAGAAACAAAAUAUUAAAAUAGACCCUCACUACAUAGCAAAAUGAAAACUUUUAACGAAUUUGACUUUAUAAGUAUUUCCCCUUAAUAGUUAAUUCACUCUAUGCCUUUGGUUUUUCACUUUUUAGGUUCUAAACGUAACGAGGAAUCCAUUGGUUUUACUAUGAUGUGUUUUUUUUUUAAAUAAUUUUUCAAAGAGAAAACUUGUUCCAAACGAAAAAUAACAGGAGAACUUUUUGUUGCAUUUUGAAUAUAGUUGGUGCAUUGAGGACGUGAUUUUUGAUUUUCCAAUAAGAUUUCAUAAUUAUUUAGAAAAACCGGAAAAAUAAUUAUCAGAAAAGUGGAUAAGUACCCAUGACGCAACGUAAUACCUAAACGCAACAUAACGAUGUCGACAUCAUAAUUAUAAACUUAUGUACAUAAUGUUUUCUAUUAUGAAUAUAACAAGAUAUCUCGCUUAAAUUAUAAAAUGCCAAAAUAAUUAUUUUUUGCCCUUUUUAAUUAGUCACUGAUGUAGAUUUUUUUUUAGUUUUCCAAUCAGUUGUCAUAAUAAUUGGGAAAAACCAAAAAAAGACAAAAUAUAAGGUUUUUUUUCAAAUUAUGGCACAACAAUUGUAUUAUUUUAAAUUUAUUCGGUUUGUGUUUUUUUAUCAUACAUAUUACUUCAAUAGAAAAACAUCAAGAGAUCUUUUCUGUUAAAUUUUUAUUUUAAUUGAUGAUCAAGAAAUUUUUUUUUGAUUUCCUUUGUAGUUUGUUUCAUAUUUCAGCAAAACCGACAAAUUCACAGAAAGAACCAGAACAUUUACGAAAAUUACUCUUUUAUUACCUAUAUUAAAUUUUGUUUUUUCAAUGUAAUGACAGAAAACUUAUGUAUACUUUGUCUAGGCGUGGUCAAAUUUCAAUACUUUUUUACCAUAUUUGAGCAAUUUUGAACUUUUUAAGUAAUUUUUAUUUGGUAGGUACUCUGAAAUGCUUGAAAAUUUGAUAGGCCAUUAUAAACUGUACUUAGUAGCCAUAAAAAUAAAUUUAGUUUAAUGUAUUAUUAUUAUUUUUUAUAAGAUCUUUAAAAUUAAAUUGUGAAUAUUACGGUCUUUAAAUAUAACUGAACUUUGCUCCAAAUCGAUUUUCGUUGGUUAACAUUGGUUACAGGUAUAAAUUAAAUAACUUCAGGUACCCCACUUUUCUAACUACGCACCUAAAACACCUCACCCGUAUCCAGUAUCAGCUCUUUUACUUUUGCUGGUGAGUAAGUAAGUUGUUUUUCGAUUUUCCAAGACUGUAGUUAGUUUUCAUAAAAAUUAGGAAAAAUACGUAAAAUGAAAACUGACAAAUUUACGGCGUGACGAUUUCUUUGUUUUAAUUUGUUAUAAAUUAUGUUUUCUACCAUAAAUAUUGCUCUAGUUAAAAAAUUUAAUUGACUAAAACGGUCGAUGAAUGGUUAUAUAAUAUAUAAUCUGAGGAGCAUAUGGUGUCAGUUUUUUCGUAAAUACAAUUAAUGAAUAAACAUUUUGCUUAUGUAAUUUAAAUCUUGAAACAUGCCACUGCAAAUUGGAUUUUAUUGUAUAAAAUAUGUCACAAAAUUUAAACACACAUAACUAUAUCGAUAAAACAUUUUUAUUAUAGGAAAUUAUCGAACCUUAAUUUUUAAAACAAGCUAUAUAAUUUGUUUUUUUUUUUUAUGUAUAAUUUUUAUUUAAAGUUAUAUGACAAUUAAAUGUUAUCGAUUAAAAAUAUUGUUUUUUUGGAGGGGGGGAGGAGUCUUAAAUGCCUCGCCAAUAACAUUUAUUUUUUCUUGUCUGCCUCACGCAUAAUAUAACAACCAAAGGAAUACCGCAUUUCCACGAUUGCGAUGGUCUAGUUGAGUUUAGGAUAAAGUGCUCUAUUAUUCAUUUUUCAAGGAUGAAGAGUACUUUAUAUGGUCUCUACAAAUGAUUUUUUAAAAACUUUCAUUUUUUUAAAACGUAUAUAAUAGAUCCCUUUGUCCUAAAUUCAACCAGAACGUCGCAAUCGUGGAAGUGCGGAUUGCCUUUAUUACUAUAUUACGUGUGAGAAAGAAAAAACAAAUAUUAGUGACAAUAAAAAACACUUUAAAAUGAAAUCGUAUUAUUCGUAGUAUAAUUGAAGUAAUUAAUUAUCUAAAACAAAAACAAAGUAAUAUUAUUAGAUCAGAGUUUAAAUGUUUAUGCACUAAAAAAUAGCUAAAUAUUUAUUAAAAAAAUUAAUAUGUAUAGGAAAUACAGAAAAUCUAACUAAGAUUCAUAUUCCUGAUUUAGUUAAUGAAUUAUAAAACUCGGGGUUUUUAUUUUUACAUUUUUACCGAAAACCGUUAAAUAUGCGCUUAAAAACAGAAAACAAGUCAAUACCUUUCGUCUAUAUAGUGUACCUAUAUAAUUUCAUUGAAUCAAUAGAAUAAUUUAUUAAAUAUAAAGGUAAUAUUAUCGUAAAAAACAAUUCAGUGAGUAGCUUGAAUAUUGAUUAAAAUGUGAUUAUAGGUCAGGACGCUAGAUUGUACACGUUAAACCAAACUAACACAUUUCUUUUUUUACAAAUUUUAAUUUUUCCUUCCUAAAUUCCAAUACAUAUUAUUAACAUAAUAAAAAAAUGGCAAAUUUCAUAAUGUUCGAUAAUAUGGUAAAUAACAUGUCAAAACUUGAAUAGAUUUAAACUAUAGAGUAUUCAAAAUUAGAAAAAUUUAAAAACUUACAUUGAUAUACCUAUCCAUGUUAAUAAAAACAAAAAAAAAAGAAAUUAUUAAUUCAGGGUAUAAUUAAGAAGGACGUGGAAGCAUUAAGACGUCGAUCAAACAGAAGGGAUACGACAAUGAAUAGUGAUGGUUGGAGAAUUGGUUGUGAGACGGGAUGGUCCUAGUGGCUGAAUAACCCCCCCCCCCCAAAAAAAAUAAAAAACAUAUAUUCAGUUCAGAAGUUUUUAAAUUCCAUGAUACUGUCAAAUUAGCUAUGAAAAACUAAUUUAAAAAAAAAAAAUGAUUUAUGUAAAACUUUUUGGAAUCAUAUUUUUAAAAUCUUACAUUAUCUUUACUUGUUUACCCUUAUUUUUGGGGAUACAAUUUUAAUUAUCAAAUAGAAAUCUGUAUUAAAAAUUCCAUUAAAUAAAAUUUUAAUUUAAAUACAUUUUUAGGUUGAAAUUUUUAAUUUCCGUCAACUCGGUAUCGAGUUUUUUUAAUUUUAAGUUUGGUUAGGCGGAGUGUAACGGAUCAUCAUUUUUGUAGCGGUAUGGCAGGUGACUUAAGAGAAGAUAAUAAUAAUAAUGAAUGUUUAAAUAAAUUAUUUAAAUUAUAUACAAGAACAAUCCGUACAAUUGUAUAAGUACGUUAUGUAUCAGUAUAUUGUACAAGAAUAUGGUUAUAAAACGUUCUAUUUUAUACUUAUGUAAGUACCUAAUAGUGAUGUUAAAAAGUAGCAGUCACUGUUACUUUUCACUGUGAUUUAAUGAUUUCAAUGAGUAGCAAUAAUAGCGUGCCUAAUGUACAAACGUACAUACAUAAAGUAGGUAGCAAUGAUUUUAUCACACUGCAACGUCACAAAUAACUAUCAGUGAUGUUAAAUUUGUUUAAUUGUGAAAAAUAUUUAACAAUAACACAGUGAUAUUGUAAAAUUUGAUUAAUGUGCAACUAUUUUUACUUGCUAUCAUUGUUACCUUCAUAUAUUAUAUUGUUAUAUAUCUAUGGUUGCUACUCAACAUUUUUUAUUUCUUGUAAAAAUAACUGCUAUUGUAAUAGGAAAAAAAUAAUUUUAUAUUGAAACAUUCAAAUAAAUCAAUGAUUCAUGUUUUUAUCUAAAUAUUAUAUUAAUCAUCAUUCAUUAUUAAUGGAUAAUGAUUAUUGUUUCACAUUUACAUUACACUAGGUAAAUAACUGAUAUCACAACUAAAUAAAGUAGAAUUAUUGAGAUAUUCUAAUAGUGUGGACGUUGGAAAGGUAGGCAAACAUAUAAUAUUUCAUUAUUAUUUGGGAAUUAAUAAAACGUUACGGAAAGAUUUACUUUAAUCGAAUUACUUAAUACAAAAAUAAUUUCAAAUUUGUAUGAGAUACCUAACCAUAGAAUACAAUUAGGUAAUACUCAUAAAACAGAAAACAGCAACGUGAAAGGAAUAUAUAUUUAUAUUAUUAAACUUUAGUAUUUUAGGUCUCGACGGUGUACGACAUAAUUAUAAAUAGGCGACUUACCUACGCAUUAAGUCUAAAACUCGUAUAGAAUUAAGUUUUUUGUAAAUUCUGAAUAAAAGAAAAUGUAAAAUCCCAUAGUUAUAUUAUAUAUUUGACUUAAAAUUAACUAGUAAGUUUUAAAAGAACUUAAUAGGUAAUAUUUAUAUAUAUCUCCAGGCAGUGGCGUAGCGAUGAGAUAAUUUUAACCGCGAAUCAAAUAUACAAUUAAAAAAGAUAUGGACAUACUUCGCAGGAUGGGUGGGUCACUGUUGUAGAUGAGAAGUUAGGAAGGUAGAGGGGAAAUUUAAUGUAUAUCUGUACGCAACGAUUAAUUAUUGCUAAGGAAAAACUCAUUUUAACCUAACUGAUUCAUGUUUUGAAAGGUCGUAAUAUUAACGAUUUUCGUUAAAAUUUGAUAUAUAAAUUCUUAUAAAAAAAAAUUUUGCAUUACACUUGAUUUUUUUUCCACCAAGUACUACUUUUUAUGAACCUUUUUUCAAAUUUUCAAGCAUUCUCUGUUUGAUCUAACAGUUUUAUCCACAAAGUAGGUACCUAUCAAGUAAAAAUGACGUAAAAAUACUCACAAAAUUAAAAUAUCUAUAAUAGCUAGGCACCACAAGGUAUUAAAAAUUUGACUACGUCUAAAAAAAGUAUGAAUACAAUUUCUUUCAUUACAUUAAAAAAUUAAAUUUAAAAUAAUACAAGAAUAAUUUUCAUAAAUGUUCCCGUUCUUUAUACGUUUUUUUGCGGAUUUGUUCAAUUAUGAAAAAAAACUACAAAGAAAAUUAAAAUAAAACUUUUUUAAUCACCAACUAGAUUAAAAAUUUAACAAAAAUGAUCACUUGUUGUUUUUUAAUUGAAGUAAUAUUUCUGGUAGAAAAACAUCGUGAACAAAAAUUAAGAUAAUGAAUACAGUGACGCUUCGGUAAGCCGUAAAUAUUUGAUAUUUUACCUAAAAUUUUCUUUCGGGUUUUUCCAAAUUAUUUUUAAAACCCCUUAGAAAAUCAAAAAAUUACCUUUUUACUGCACCUACUAAAAUUUAAAAAAAUACACAUAGUAAAACCAAAAAAAAAAAAAAAAUCACUACGCUCCGAAUCUAUAAUAAACAUCAGUGUAAAACCAAUAUAGCUUAGAAUGUACCUAAAUAACCAACCUAUUUCCCCAGCUACUUUCUUGGGCUAUGCAAUUGUCCUAGGUAGGAAAACACAUCUUUGAUUGCGUCACUAUCAUUAUUAUAAUUUCUAUUAUUAUUUAUAUAAGAGCUAUGCAAAUGAUCCGUGCUUUAUAAUAUGUAGUAUACGGCUAAGUCUAUAAAUAAUCUAUGCACAUCUAAUAUAAUUUUCUGUUUGGGUUUUGGAACACGAUGAAUGAUAAAUCAUAUAAAGGCCACAUCAUACAAAUCCAGUCAUUAUAAAUGAUGGAAAAUAAAUGCAACAAAAAACGUCAUUUUUGGAAUGAAGCAAGAUUUUUAAUAGAAAACAUAAGUUAAAAAAAAUGUAAAAUUAUGUAAUCGUUACACCGUAAAUAUUCAUCCGUUUAUCCCUAUAUUUUUCCUAUGUUCUUUUGCCAGGUUUUCCUAAUUAUUAUAAAAACCGCCAGAAAAAUUAAAAAUGACUUCCUUAGAGUAAUAACUAGAUAAAAUUCCUUUCAGGAAUGGUGGUAGACUUGAAAUAUCAGAACAAGAUUUCUGGUAGAAAUGUUUUACACAAUAUAUAUAUAUAUAUAUAAAAAAUCCCAGCAAACAUCAUUUUAAUAAAUAAACAUUAUAAACAUAAAAAUUAUUACAAGAUAUAAUAAUAUUUAAUACAAAUAUUCUAAACAAAAUACCGAUUAUUAAUUUCUAUUUCGCCGCAAUAAUCGCUUUUAUUUUUUAUUUUUUAUAAGAUCAGAGCCUCCGGAACGGAUUAACUCCAGGUCACUUAUAAUUUCAUUAAUCCUCGGCACAUGCAUAUGCAAAAAUAUAAGUUUAAUUUAAAUAUUAAUAUGCAGCUUGUAUAAGCUUAACUAAAUCUCAAACACACAUCCUUUCCUUUUGAAUAUAUAUAUAUUUAACGUUUUGAUUAAGAUAUAAUAUGAUAUUUCUCUAAAGUUAAAUUGAUUUUUCUAUACACGAAAUGAACUUUAAAAUUAAUUUUAGCUACACGAUUAACGAACGUUUUGUUUACCUUUUAUUAUACAUAUUAUGUAGGUUAUUAUGCCGAACAGCUUUCGUCAGAUGACAUUGUCACAAAUACCGACACUGGUAAUUCGAGUACAUCUAUACAUACGGCGAAAACAACGAAGAAAACGUCUCAUAUAUAUAAGCUGUCUUAUGCCGGACCAAUAGUUAUGGGUGUUGGAGGUAAAUAUUUAUUUAUUUAUUAACACAGAAUAAUUGUCCCAUAAAGAUAUUGUAAAUUAUAUAUUAUAUUUCCUGAGAUAACAAUGAUAAUCAAAAUAUGUUUUGUAUGAUUAAAAAAGAUAAAACCAAUCUUUAUUUUAUUUAUAAAAAACAGAAUUUUAUUUAUCUUCAUUAUUUCAGGAGAUAUCGCAAUGUGUAUGGACACCCUUUAUAUUUACUAUUAUAAUUUAUUGUUAACAGAUCGAAACUAAAUUACGAAAAAAAUUUUUUACAAAUUUAGAACACAGUUGAAUUAUUUUUUGAAAAACGUUUCUGAGCAGUGUUAUGGUUUACAAAUUGUUAUUAUUAUUUUUUUUUUCGUACACAAAAAAAUGUUAUUAACAAUAAAAACACAAUUGAAAACUUGUCUUUUGGUCUUCUGGAAAAAGUUUUAUAAAAUACGUACAUUUUCAAUUAAUAUUUCGGAUUUUUAUAUACUGUAUAAUUAUAACUUUAUUUUAUACAAAUUAUAAACUUUAACUAUGUGAUUAUUAAACGUGAAUAAUGUGAAUAUAAAAAAAGUUUAUUGGAAAACUAAUAUUAUUUAAUUUGUUUUUUUAUUUCUUUAAAACAAUUAUCUAAAAUAAACACUGUGAUAUUUGUACCAUAUUCAUUUUUAAAUAAAAUCUACAAUUAAUUUAUUUUCUAAAAAUAAUGUAGGUACAUAAUGUGUAUUAUCGUAUGGCAUUCUCAAAAAACUUUUACUUCUAAAAAGUGUUCGAAAAGUUUUUGAACUUCAAAAACGAACGACUUCUUGAUAAAUUCACUAAAAGUUGCAUAGUUUUUACCAUUCGUGGUUUUCUUCAAAAACUAUGUAUUGAUUUUUGUUUUAACUUUGCCAACUUUCUCGGUAUCAUGAUUUUAUAUAACGCACUGCAUCAUAGACAUCUAACUAUACAUUAAAUUUAUAUUAUAGGUAUAUAAUAUGUAUGUUACAUAUAUUUUAAUCGAUACUUAAGUUGCAUGAAACUUUUGCAAUAAAUAUAUGCUUUUGCAUUAUUUAUAAUAAGUAAUUUUCUCUCUGGAAUAUAACGACAAGGUCAUUAUAAAAUGAAAAUAUUUCAUAUAAUCUCACUUAAAAUUUUAAAGUAAUAAAUUCAUAUAAUAUAUUUUAUAAGUAUAAAAAAUACAAUCUCUCGAGUGUUCAUUUAGUCGAAAUAAGUCAUAUUUUAAUCUGCAGAACAAAAACUUAAUAUGAGUACGUAACACAUGCAUGACCCGAACUUUGAGAACAAGGCCAUGCUAAAUUUGAAUUUUAAAAGUUCAAACUAUUGUAUAAAUAUUCACCCACUAAAUUAAGUUGUGUAUACCUAUAAUUUUAUCGUAUACAAUCGAAAUUUAAAUUGCCCGGUCCUCAAAAUUAAAAUUCGAUACGCCAUAAAAUGUGUACAUGAAACGCACUGGGUUACUUUUCUUUGUGGUAGGUAUUUAUUUUAUAAUAUAUCAGCAUUUGAGGGCAAAAUAACUCAAGAGAAAAAAAAAUCAAUAACUGCAUAUAAAAAUGCAAACGCUUAGAAUUCUGUGGGAAAAACACGGACGGAAAAAAUAAUAACACGAUGGUGUUUUCUUGCAGGAUUUAUUGUGGUCGCAGCGUGUGUGAUGACUUUUGAGGCACGCGACCGUGCUGCCAAGUUCAUGUCAAAUCAAUUGAAAAUAAUGGGGAGUGGCGGAGUCGUCGGCGUGGGCACGGGCACGAUUCCUGGCCACCGUGGACACGGGCGCCAGACGCCAUUCGGUGGUUACCUAUCCCGGGGUGACAGCGGCCGGAGCAGCUGUUAUCAAAACCCCUGCGACGUUGCCCGGCACAAGAUGAAUAAGAGUCCGUCCGCGCCUAAUUUGGCUGCGGCGAACCGCGGGCCCGGGUCCGGAACCGCUGCAGGCCGGCUGCCACUCAGGCACAAACAUGCGGUGCACGUGUUAUCGCCGGGUGGUGGCCGUGCUCUGUUGAGCCCACACGCAUUGCGCCGGCAAGCCAUGUCGAUGGACACACAAGACUACAACCCGUUCUUCUCACCACCACGGUCCCGGCACAGCAGCUCCGGUCUGCUGACAUGCAACAACAACAAUAACAACAGCAACAACAGCAAUAACGACAACGGUAAUAUCUGCACCAAUAACAACAAUAUCGGCAGUAAUAAACAAGGCAGUGGCAGCGGGGAAUCGGUCAACGAUCCCAGAGCGUGCAGAGGGUCGCGUGGAUCUAUGGUAUUGGACCUGCACGUGCCCAACGAGUGUCCUGUGACUAUGCGGGUACGGGACAGAAGCCGUCGGUCAGACACGGCUCGGCGGCACGUUCUAUGCAGACAGACACCAGUGGAGCUGGACGACGCUAUAAUAGCGUACGCCGCCAACGUCACAGCGGCAGAGCAACGACAGCGGACUAAACGGUGCACGCGAUCCGCAACAUGCGACGUCCCGCACGUGGUCAGGUCGAAGCGCAGAAGGCAGGACUCGAGUUGCUCGGACGUGGUGGCUCGCCGGAGGUCGGGCUCGCCAGUGUGCGGCGGUGGUGGCAGUAGCGGAGUCAUCGGUGGCGGCGGAAAUGGAGAUGGCAGUGGUGGAGUCAGUGAUGGCAACAGGGGCUGGAGGUCUUCCGCCAACGACGUCGUAGACACCGCCGAAUGGGCCAGGACCGCGAGUCGUAGCGACAGCGGCGGCUGUAUGAUCGGCGGUUCGGCCGUUACUUCGCCGCAACGCAAUCACUACCGGUCGUCCGUCCACGGGCAGUCCAGACCCGUCGCGUCACAAAACACCACCGACAGCAAAAUGUCGCUGUCGCAAACGUGUUCCGACAUCAUGUCCAUCGACAAGUCGUUUGAAGAAUCUAACUACAGCAGUUCGUAGAAACGGCUAAAACCCCGUAAGUGACUGGUCAAUAUAUUAAUUGAACAUAUUAUUUAUUGUAUAUUAUAAUAUAUCGAUGUAUCGGGUAGAAACGACUCUCGUUAAAAUUUAUUGACGAUUCAUACUUUUUUUUUUGUAUUGUUAAAUUUAUACAUAAGUAUAUAUUAUAUAAUAAUUAACGAAUAUCGAUCAAGACGAAUAAUCAUAUGAAUAUUAUUAGCAAUACUAUGUAUAUAUAAAAAUAGGUUAUAAAAAUAGAAAUAAACAUGAAUUUGCAUACCCUUUGAAAAUCCAUAAAAUAUUUUAACGGUAAAUAUCGACGGUUAUUCUGACUCUUAAAAUUUAAACGAUCUUAGAUUCAAGCCCGAUUUAGUCUGAUUUACUGAUACCUGGGGUCUGAGAACAUUUAUCCAAAAAAGGCCUCGUAACAAAAUUGUAAAUUAUCAUCAAUACUAUUGAUUUUAGUUAUUUUUUUACCUUUUCUAAUGCAGGAUCUAAGGAUGUAUUAAUUAUAACUACUUUAGUAAACAUUCUAUCGACGAAUAAAAUAGUAUGCAUAUACAGUGGCGGUUUUACGGGAGUGGGAAGAUACAGAGGGUCUGGACGCCCCCAGACUCCGAUUUUAGACAAGGAAAAGUAAAUUUUGUAUUAUAAUUUUUAAACUAAUCUUAAACUUUGUUGUUAAUUAAAAUAACAUUAGAUACAUUCAUGUAGAUAAGUAAAAAAGUAUAUGUAAGUUAAUUAAAAUAAAUUAGCAAAUAUUUUUUAUAUGUUAAAUAUAUUGUAAGAACCCCCCCCCCCCUUCACGAGGAAAAAGUUUAAAAACCGCCACAGUGAAUAUAAUGUAUAGGUACAUAGAACAAUUUUUUCACAUAGUCCGCAGAUGUAAACUAUUUCAACGGUCGCCGUAUAAUCGGAUCAAUUUUGAUAUUUUUCUGGGGAUGGGCCAAUACGUAAAUCGAUACAAGAUACAGGUGGUAUGAAUGUUGAAAAAAAAAUCAGACUUUCAACUAAUUUCAAUAAUAACUCAUAAUUUUUGAUUUUAAAAUAUUCAGAUAUCGCAGACAUCGGUAGCAUAUAUCUGACUACCGGUUAUUGAUAAAAAGUAGUAUCGGUCAAUUUUUAUACUUUUGGUCUGCAAAUAAAGUACACGUUUAAGUAAACAAAUAAACCACAAUAAUUUAUACCAACGAAAUGAAUAUCCUUUGGUAAUUUCGUAUCAUCCUCUGAUUACCAUGACCUAAUCAAUGUGGUUUUUCUAUGUCACUCCUAUUUAAAUUUCCAUUCAACCCUAUCGUGUUUUUUUAUAGAUUAGGUUAACACGUCUUCUUGGCGCAAUAUCGUAUUUAAACUGAAUGGUAUAUUAGGUUUUCGCGCUACCUCGUUCUUUUUCAAGAAAUAUUUUAAACCCGUACUCAAACACACGAAACGUGAAUACUGGUCGGUUUGGAGCAAUUCUCCACUCUCCUCGGUUACUUUUGCUUUUCACUUAAAUUUUUCGUACGAAUUACCUCCUCGGUCCAUGAUUACCUAUUUAUAGCAUAUAGAUAUCAAUAAUAUAUUUUUGCAUAGCACAAUGGACAUCGUAUAUAAUGUAGGUACCUUUUCACUUGUAUAGUGGUUUAUUUGGUGAAGUUUGAACGAUGUUUUGUAUUUUAAGACAAAUAUUAAUUCAGUGAGGCACAGACAAUAGUCUUGUUAAUUGAGUGUGCUCUCAUCGUUCUCGAAAUUCCUAUGUAUGCACCAUACGUUGGACUUUGUGCUGCCGAUAGGGAAUAUUAUCUGAUCAAAAUAUAGGUACUUGAGCGGAAAAACGGUUUUACACAGACAAACAUCAUAAUAUUAUUUGCUGUGCGUUUAUACAGAUAUAAGUAUAGGUAUAAGGUUUCAUGAUAACCGAUAAAACACCGGUAAACCAAAAUACACGACGGCGUAUUAUUUCGCUACUUCCCUAGGAGUUUUGUAGUUUUUAUUUUGAAUUCGUAUUGUUUAGGAAAAAGGUGCGCCGCCGCCGACCGCAAAAUAAACGAAGUACAGAUACCACGUCGUUCUUUAAACAAUAUUCAAUAUACACGUAUAUUUUUUCCCAUUGAUUAAUGUUUUGAUUGUUUAGUUUUAGUCUGUUUUUUUUUUUUUAAUUUGUAACUGGUGUUUUCAUUUCAACGUGUAAGAAAUUAAAAAAAUAUAUCACUGCGAAUAAAAAGACAAAAGACCUAUCUGAUAAAUAAUGGCUUUAUUUCGAGCGUCAAUAAAUUGUUCGUUUGUAAUUAUUAUCAUUAAUAAAAUAUCGACUAAAAAAAAAAUAAAAAUUCGUAAUAGCAAACACACAAACAGUUAUUUUAUAUUUAACUAUUUAACUUCAAGGAUUCACAAUUAUUAUAUUUAAAUUCCACGAACUUUACACAACUGAAAUACUAUUAUAUUAUAUUAUAUUACAUUAAUUAAUAUUUUCUCGUCAACAGUAUUUGAAUGUCAUUCCGAUAUUUUACUAAUUUCGAUCCGAAUUCAAUUUCCAUGAGUAUAAAAUUAUGAAAUAUUUUCGAUUUUUCCAAAAACUGUUCGAUCUUCAAUUUCAUUAUUUAUAUAUUUUAAUCGUCCAGCAAAAUAUAUUUACAAUAAAUACAUAACAUUUGUUUGUAUACCGUUAUAAUAUAAUGUAAAUAAUCCUAUAUUAGUCGAAUUAGCGGCGUAAUUGAUAACAUGCGUACAUCUUUUUUUUUUUUUAAAUAAAUACUUGACUAUUUAAUUUAUUUCGAGCAAAAUCACCAUAAUACAAAACAUAUAUCUAUUAUCCUUGGCUUUAAAGCCAAUCCAUUUCGAACAUCUUCUUAUCAAAUACACUUUAAUGAACUAUCAACAUUGCCAAUCCAUUUAAUCGAUUUUAACAGUUAUAUACAGACGCGCACUGGCUCCCCGAGAUACUGAAUAUACACGUUUUCCUACGCCUAUUCCCUUAAAUCACUUAACGUAUCACGUAACUCUGCGAUUUCUCAGGUAGAUCGAACAAUAUAUAUUUAAAAUAUUUGUACUGUAAGCUAGGGUGACUGUAUAAUAAUUAUAAUGUGUAUAAUAUAAUAUUCGUAUUAGGUAUUUACAAGGAAAUCCAAUACAUAAUAAACAAUUAUAUAAUUUUCAAGUAAAUAUUAUUAGAAUAUUCAAUAUUUAUAUUCAAAUGUAAAUUAAACAAUAAUUAACAACAUAAUUUCGAACUAUAAAAAUAUAAUAAUAAAAGCGGUUACUGCUGGGUGUACCACUAUUUUGGGAUAGAACUGACAAAUCAUUACUAACGAAACACGAUUCCGAGCAGAGUAUUAUUUUCUCCUGGUCGGCAAGAUAAUUCAGAAACCACGAAAAUUAUACAAUCCUUUUCAGUUUUUCCUAUUUAUUAUGAAAACUAUAUGGAAAAUUAAAAAAUGACUUCAAUUAAAAUCAACUAAUGCACCAACUACAUAAAAAAUUACACAAAAAUGUUUUUAUACAAAUUUUCUAUGGAGCAAAACUUCUGGUAGAAAAGAUGUUUUUAAAUAUAAAAAUAAAUAUCGUAAUAGCAAAACCAUACAUUUCUCGAUUUUCUCAGAAUCUAAUGAAUUCUUACAUAGGCACCAAACUAUUUAUUUUUUUGUACGUACAAAAUUCAUAUCACAGUAUCCUAAAUUAAAUAUUUGUUUAAUAUUUCCACUAGUAUUUUGGUUUUAAUAAAUAAAUAAAUGAUUAAUUAAUUAAUGGAUAAAAGUGUCCGAAUAAUAUGAUCGAAAAACCACAGGCUUUACGAUAAAAUAAUCUACACCUUCAAUGCUAUUGAUACUUAAUCGUUAUUUAAUGUUUUAUUGUUAAGUUGUCCGUGGUGUAAUGCGAAAACCAUCAUCACUUUUCAUAGUUUUUUUCCAUCAGCCCACCCGAUAUUUACACUAAUGCAACGAGAGGUUUAAUAAAAGAACAAAUUCGAGAAUCCGACACGAUAGGCCGAAAAGAAACAUUUUUUUCUGUAGUCAUUAUGUACAACAAAAAAUUAUCUUCUUCUCGUACAAUAAAAUACUAGUCACCUUUAUCCCACCAAAGCUGGGUUGGUUAUUCUCAUCCUCCCUCCUACAGUAAAUAUCCUAAUUUCCAGUAUUUAAUCCAAACGUCAUAAUAAACAUCACCAAAUAUUUAUAGGCGUCCACAGUAUUUUUUCGCAGAGUGUGUCAUUAAAAAAAUGGACGGUUUUUCUUAAAUGGACUUUAUAUUCUGAUCCUCUAAAAACCAAGAUAGUGAAUGCAACAUAUUAAUAAUUCAUUAAAAAUCAUGGCAACAUUAUUUUACUUUUGUAUCUCAAUAAAUAACUAUUAAAAAAAUUUCUUUUUAAAAACGACCAGGUUUUUUUAUAAUAAUUUAUUACAUUAGAAUUAAAAUUAAAUUUAAAAAAACUUAACAUUAUCACUACUAUAAUAAACCUCGAAUUGUCUAGUAAUAUUACGGCUAGUGGUUGCUGGUUGGUUUGGUUUUUUAGUUAGUUAACUACAAUAGUGUUCUACUUAUAGUGGGUUAACAUGUAUUUAAAUAAAUUUCGUUUUCUGCUCACGGACCAUGGGAUGUGCUAGUGCCACGAUACACCUAAGACACUCUGUGUGCACGGCUAUGCAAAUAUUGGACUACCUAACACGGACUAUUAGACCGACAACAUUUUCUGGACAUCAAUCAAGCGAAUAGGAGGUAUGUUUAGCGGUCAUGUUGUUAUCUACCCGGCGAAAAUCCAAUUUCAAACCCAUCUGAUAUAUUCACUGCGACGUGGUGCCAACGGACGUGAUACUAUUUCGAAUGGCAUUAAUUUUGUUCAGAUUAGCAUCAUUUCUAUUUAUUAAUAUCACUCUUGCAGAAAACCGAUAAAAUUUAAUGUCUUCCGUGUAGCUCAGUAUACAGUGGGCUCGUGUGGGAUGCGCGUGCAGGCCGCACAAAUUUAAUGUCCACAAAGAAGAAACAAAUAAAGAGAUCUAACAAACCAAUUAUAAUAUAUAACGCGUAUGUUAACAGAAGUGAAAAUUCGCACGAUCGUAUAAUAUCGUACAUUUCAAGGUGAUAUUUAGUUAUACAUAUUUGUGUACAAAAAAUAAUACACUAAAAUCUCUCUAAAAGAGAUAGAUUUUAUAAACUCCUAAUGAAUAAAAUAAAUAGACAAUAAUAUUACAGUCUAAAGUUUGAUUAUUAUUAUUUCCGCCAUUGACGGUUUAAAGAUACUGUAACGUUUAAAUUUUUAUUCGAAAUGAAACAAAAAUUAAAUCGACCCUUGUAAAAAAAGUCACACUGCCCUAGUUACAAUAUAAUAUUUCAUAAUUUAAUGUAAAACCGUUACAGUUAAAUUUAAACUUCCCUAAAUAUACACAUUCCAUGUCAGUUGAUUCAUUAUAAUCAGUAGUUAAACCUAUUUUUUCGGGUCACUAUUAUGAAAACGUUUGGUGUAAUUUACAAACAUAAUUUAUAAAUAUAAUGUAAUAUAAAACGAACUUUAUAAUAAAGACCACUCAUUAGUGUGUAGCUAGAGCCACUAUAUAUUAUAUAAUCGAAUUUCCCUCCACCUGUUUUUUAUUAUAGAAGUAUUUUUUGUAAAACAAUGACCAACCGAAUAGUAUACCUAAUAUACUACUAGGAGAAAAAAAAUGUGAAAUUUUAACUUUAAAAUUAUGGGGGGGGGGGGUUGAAAAAUUAAACCUCCAAAAGCCACAUCUUUAACAUUAACGCAAUAUAGAUACAAUAUUUCAUCUCUAAAGCUUCAUUUGAAGAGUCUAUAGGGCUGUUUAAAGCUUAAAAAAUAACUCCUCUCAUGUGAAAACGUGCUGAAAUUCACAUUGAAAUUUAAUCCGGCUUUUAUCCACCUAUAAAACAACUUUAGUUUUCGAGGUAAAGCUCAUUUGUUCCAUUGAGAGUCACUAAAGGUGUCCAAAAGACCAAUAUUAACGGGAAAAAAAACACAAACCACAUAGGGUCAUAUAUUAAAGUUAUUUGAUUAUAGUUUCAAUUUGUCAGAAAAAAAUUUGAUAACAAAAACAAUUCAGUUGGUAUACACAUAUUAGUACAAAGAAGAUUCACUCACGCGAUUUAUUCCAUACUAUAUAAUAGCAUCUGCAAAAAUCUUCAAUUUGCAAUUUACAAAUACGCGUAUUUCGACAGUGACACGUUGUCAUAUUAGUAUUGUCAGUAAUCGCUUAGAAGACGGAGACAAUAGUGACUGUUGUUGUAUUACAUUAAUAUUAAGUUUGACGCUUAAUAUUGGAAAAUGUCAGUUUCAGAUUUUGCCCGCGCAAAAAUGCAAGUAAUUACAUCACUAAUCUGUAACGUAAGCUAGUUUUCAUGUCUUACAUCUUCUUUUUUUUUCAAAAUAUACGUAGUUCACGUAUAAUUUAUUAAUAAUACAACGCUGUAUUUUAGAUAUUUUUAAUCAACAGAAUUAUAUAGGAACCUUAUUAAAUAUAAGGGAAUGAAAGCCAAAAUGAAAAGUCGAAAUGAAAAUAGAAAAUGUUAAACAUACUUACUGUAUAAGUUGUAACGAUAUCUAAUGGAAAUCCCCCCCUCCCAAAAAAAAACACCUGCGAUCCAGAUUCACCGUUAUACAAAAUAUAAUAUAUUAUGACUAAUACAUUACAUAUAUUUGAACAGUGAACCACCGCAUAAAAACGUCAUUAUUUUUUUCUGUAAUAAAUAUUUAUAUUAUGCGUCGAUCAGUUAUUAUUAUGAACAUGGCAUAAAACAAAAAAAGUACUACAGACAAUAAGUUAUAGUUUUGUAGUUUAUGAAGCCUAUGAUUGUUCAAAUUUCAAAGCUAUUGUGCUUAUAUUGUUUUAAUAUUUUUUUAUGUUGAAAUGAAGUAUCAUGAUUUACGUCCAAACACGAAUUAAUCUAGAAACUUAAAUCACGUAUGUACGUAUAUAAUAAUAAGGGCUGUGAAUUUGUAAAAAAGUCAAAAGGGCAUUGUUUUAGCUGACUGUAAAUUGUAUCUAAAUAUCUUUCUUAGCACAACGUUUGAAUCAUGUAACAACGCUUUUUUAAUUGUGAACCUUCAUUUUGCAAUUUUCAACGUUUUAAAUAUUCUUUAGGUAAUUUUUUUUUCAUUUUUUUGAGGGUAACUUUUUGUUUUUCGUUUAUUUUAUACUAUUUUUAUCUAUUUUACAUGAACUACGGUUUUUCAAUUUACACGGGUUUUAUAAUAUAUAUACGUCAUGUUUUUAUUUUAUAUCCUCAUUUUAAAAUAUUUUACACAACCUGUAUAGUGUAUACAAGUAAGUAUAUAACUAAAACGUUUGAAUUAUCACGAUUCGAAAGAUAAGAUUAAUCGCAGUCAUUAAUUAUUUCAAUAUAUCAGUAGCGAAUGUCAAGAGUUAUGUUCCAUUGGAUAUUAUACUACAGUGUUAGGGAUUUUAAAUACAUUUUUAAAGGAUUUAUAGUGUAUAAAAUUCACAGCCUUAAUAAUAAGUACAUCCAUCCACAAAAAAUCAAAUCACGAUAAUCCUAUGAAAUUACCUAUGUAUUUUUAGACCAAAUUAUACAUAUUAUAUUAAACUGUUAGAGUUUAUACAUGUCAGUGGCGUGUUGGCCGUGAUUUUGAGGGGCAAUUGCCCGAUAAUUUUAAGUGGUGAGUGGGUGGGUGCCUGGUGGUUGAGUACUGGAGUCAAUGGAGAAAUUGUAGUACAAGAUUAACUUCAUCAGAAUAUGUCAUAUGAUAUUAAAUAAGAAUAAUAAAAUUAAUAAUAAGUAUUCUAGGAAAAGCCAUCAGCCCAGAAUACUUUAAAAAACAACAAGGAAUAUGGCAAUUUAAAGCACUAUCAUUUUAGUUUAUUCAUAGGUAAUGAUAAUGAUCAAUGCCUAAGAGUCGAGGGGUGGUGGUAGGUCAUUAAAAAAAAUGAAUUGCCCGAUAAAAUAUUUCACUUCGCCACGCCACUGAUACAUGUCCUGUAUGUUGUACAUUUUGUGCAUAUCAUGCUAUGAUGGUAUAGCGUAUAAAUGUUAGAGUAUAACAAAUUUCGAAAUUAAAUUUGGAAUGCACGAUAUAAAUACAAAUUUAAAUAUUUUUGAUUAAACUUUAACCAAAAUGAUCACCAAAUUGACAAUUGGUAGCUAAUGUUACCCUGUUAAAAAUUAUUUAUGGAUUAGGUAAGAUGCCAGAGGUAUAUUUAUGUAUAAUUCCAAACUAUAAAAAAAAAAUUAUAGGAUACUAUACAUUACAUACCUACUCAUUGUCUUGUUACGUACUUUAUAACUAAAUAUUUUGUUCAUUGAGAUCGAUUAAAUGGAUUGGUUAUCUAUAGAAGUGUACCUCUAGAGGACUGAAUGGUUCUGAAACCAAAAAGAAUAAAUCUUUUUAUAAAUUGUAUAAUUUAUUUGUUAUCAGGUUAUAUCUAUAAUUUUUUCUACCAAAACCCUAUCCUACACCUCUAAAAAAAAGUUCGUAACGUCUUCCACAAAAUUUUCAAAAAUGAUAUAUCCUACACCAAGACCUAGUCCAUAUUAUGCCACUGAUUAUUAUCAUAUACAUAAUUUAAAACAUUUAAAUAUUAAUAUUAUUAUCGCUGUAAAAAUGUUGAAGUCUCGAUAUAUUAUUAUAAAUUAAAAUAUUGUAUAACAGCCACUCAUAUUAUAUUUGCAGCUCGAUAAAUAUUGUAUAGAUUGCAUUGUAGGUACAUUGUUAUACUUAUAUGUAUCUACAUUCUACGUGUUCGUUUAAUUCAACCGAAAAAAUUGUAGGUAUAGACAUUCGAAUAUUAAUAAUAUUGAUUUAAUUAUUUAUAGUUUAUACACUAUUUAUACUAUUGUAUACGUUCACAAUAAUAUACAAAAUAUAAUAUUACCUAUAUAUUGAAAUUAUUACUAUUUAUUUUAACCCUCUAAAAUAACCGAAUUAAAAAUCGUAUUCGUAUUUAAAUAUAAAUAAAUUUAUCACUAUAAUCAUAUCAGAGUAUAAUAAUACAAUAGAUAUACCUAAAAUGUCUAAAUUAUAUAAUUUAAACAAGAAAUUAACUAUAUCAUAAUAUUUAUACUGUAUUAUCAUUAUAAUAUUAUUGACGUGACCCGUUUUGCCUAAACACAACCUCUACCAGUUCACCCAAAUAAAUUUUAGUUUAUUUUAAAAUUAAGUUGGCAAUAGUUUUUGAAUUAUAGAUGAAACAUAUAGAAAAUUAUUGAAAUAGUUAUCACAAAAUACAAAUUAUUAUUUUAUAAUUGAUCGGGGAAUCUAUUGGUUUUAAAAUAUUUAUUUUUUUUUUGAGAAUAACUUUUCUACCAAAAAUCUUGCUCCGACUUACAAUUGUAGUAUCUUUUCUGAAAGGUAAUUUUAUCUGAAUGAUACUUUCGAGUUUAGGAAAAUAAUUUUUUAACUUUCCAAGGGGUUUUAAAAAUAAAUUAGUAAUACCAGAAAAAAACAUAGGAAAAAUGGGAAAAUUUACGAAAUGUAUUAUUUUCAAUUUUUUAUUUUAUGUGAUUCAGUUAAAAAUAUUCGUAGAGACUUGAAAUUUGGAUAGAACACUUAUGUUUGCCUUUUCUAGACGUGGUAAAAUCUGCUCAGAAUUGUUUUCCGUCAGCAAUUUUUAAUCGUUGCCUACAGCUAAUAAAUUAAAUUCCCCUCUAUAUCGUACCUUCCUAACUUCUCACAUACAACAGUGAUCCACCCAUAGUAAAUAGUAUGUCUCUAUUUUUAAAAUAUCUACACAUUAUUUUUACAAACUCAUACAUAGUUAUUUCACCAGGUCUAUAUAAAAUACGUUUUUCAUUAUAUUCUUGUUUUUCCUUCGUUUAUUUGUCUAUUGUUUUUUUGAGAAUUUCAACACUACAUACUUUUAUAAAACAAUAAUAUGAAUUAUGCAUUUUUAAAUAAUUUUCUAUGUGUUUCAAUUAUUAGUCAAAAACAAUUGCCAACAUAAUUUUAAAAUGACUAAAAUGUGUUUGGGUGAAAUGGAUUCUGCCAUUAUUACAAUACUAUAUAAUAUGACAUGGUAAAUUGUGUUAUGUAAAUGUUUAAUAGUAUUAAAAUGUGGAUGUGUUAUGCGUGAUAGUUCUAAUUCAUUGUCCAGAUGAUCAUAGUUAUUAUUGCGAUAGUAUAACUAUCAUAUAAACUGCGUCCACACGAUUAUGUAUGUAGUAAAAUACAGGAUAGUACCUACAAAGUUCGAUAUAAACACGUAUGUAAAAGUACUACACUACAGUAAAAUAAAAUGAUCGUAUAUAUAUACGUUUUGAUAGACACUAUCUCACUCUCACAGUAUCACGAUAGUUACUAUCAAUCUUCUCUAGUGUCCAUGCUAUCAACUAGUAUGUGUAUGCACGAUAGUGUAAUAGUUGCUAUUCCUAUAGUUCGAUUGAUAUUUACAUGACGAUAGUUCACUAUGAUAGUAACUUUCACAGCUGUCACUAUAGUAAUUAUCAUUUUAGCGUGGAUCAGACUUCACCAAAUAUAUACUAAUGUGGAUAAACAUUUUAUGAAAUUAUCUUUCAUCAUAUGUUAUUUUUAAUAUCUCGCAUUAAACAAAAUUAACCGACAAUAACUUAAAGAGUAUUAUCAAUCAACAUUACUAAACAUGUUCAUAUUUAUAAUAAUAUACCUACUAUUUAUUUAGGAUUAUUAUUGAGAACCACACGAAGAUCUGAUUUUAUAUAAUGAUAAUUAUAGAAAAUGUUAUACGAAUUCGACUUUUCACCAUGUCUUCCGAUUUUUCAAAAGUUUUUUUUAAUUAUGUUUAGAAUAUUAUACAAUCUAUUCAUAUGUGGAACAAUAAAGAUAAAAGAGAAAAAAAGCAAUAUUCAGUAACAUGUUGACUUGAGGGAAGAACCAUCCAGUGAUGGCACUUCGGAUUUCAGAUAUACUAUCAUAUCAUGUUAUAGAAAAUAGGUAAUAUCUCUAAUGAACGUCUAUACAAAAAUAUUUAAUUUUAACUAAAAGUACAUAUUUUUAUUUCACAAUAACAUUUUAUUCUUUACUUAAUAGCAUAAUUCUUGUUAAUUUUUUAUUUUAACUAGUUGAAUUAUCUAAUAAAUAUUGAAGUUUAAAAAUGUAUUUAUAUCAAACAAUUUUAAUUUUACAAUAUAAUACUCUUAUAUACCUAUAUGUAUGUAGCAUAUACAUUAUACUUAAACCUAAAUAUUUCUUAAUUUAUCUAUGUUCUUUUUUAGACUUAUUGAACAACCCACUUGUAUAAUUAUCACCUAAAACUUUUUACUUGUAUUUAAUUUUUUAAACUUAUUUUGUUAUCACUUGUUAAUUCUACGUAAUAAAUGUCACUAAAUCAUUUGUAAAAGCCCUUUCACGUUAAUCUAUUAAAAAAAUAAAUAAAUAUUUUUAAAUUAUCUUUGAACAUUUAAACAAUUAUAAUUGAUAAAAUAUAGAGUGUCCCAUUAAGAACAUCCGAUUUAAAUUGCCCAGUAUUUUUUGUUUUGUGUUUUAGCUGACCUGUUUUCUUACGAUUAUUUUUAUUAUUAUCUAAAAAUUCUCCGAAAUGAAAUUCUAUGAAAGUAAAUUCGUUUUUUACAACCAGAAUAAAUAUAAAUUUGAGUAUUUAAUAGUUAAAAAAACACUAAACACUUCUUAAUUAAAAUAUAGUUAUUAAAUUAGUAUUUAUUAUAUUUAUUUACUUCUGAGUGACUUCACAGAGUAACAUUGAAACAAUUAAACAAUAAUACUUUCUCAUAAUUUUUCUUUUUCUUUUGGCCCAAGGGAAAGCGAAAAGUAAACCCAACUCCCCCAUACGUACGCCACUGAUAAUAAUAAUAAUCAUAUAUAAUACGUACCAAACGACAAUUAUACCAAUUUCGAAAAAAAAAUGUUGACAUUAGUACGUCACUGUUUAUAGCCCAUUUACACCUGUAUAGGUAUUAUGUGUAUAUUUCGAAUACUCGAAAAUAGUUUUAGGCACGUAUACAAUUUAUAUAUUUACAUUCACUUAAUAAAAAUUUGUUUAACUAAUGUUUUAAUUUAAUACAAGUACAAUAUUUAGUGUUUAGAUCUACAUAUCUAUAUCGAAUUAAAAUAAAAUAAGCACUAAAAACUCUUAUUUAUUUGUAUAAGAUUAAAUCUAAAAAUUAACUAAUAGUUUAAAGUUUUCGCUCAUUUUUAGCAAAAUAAUUCCGACUUUAAUGAGUAUAAAUUAUUAUUAUUAAUUAUAAUAUGUGAAUAUAAUAUUAAUAUAUUCAUAGAAUAAUUAAUUAUGAGUUAUGAUGAUCCGUGGAUUAUAAAAUACAUUUGUUAAAAGAAGACAAAAACAUGCAAGACCGUAGAUGAAAUAAUUAUUAAUUAAGAACUGGAUUAGAUGUAUAAUAUAAUAUAUACAUUUUUUGUUUUUGUUUUUUUUUGUUUUUAGGCUUUAAUCUAUUUAAACUUUAAUAAUGAUAUUCUAAUACUUAAAAUACUUAAAAAUAUAUAAACACAUUUAAGUGCACCUAUAAUAAUUUAUUAUCUAACUAUUAAAAUGUACUAGGUACUAGUGUAAAUAUAAUAAUUAUAUUGUAUGUAUAUGUAUUAGUCGUGUUCUAUAUUAAACGUUCAACAAAUUAGAUAUUGUAAAAGAAAAUUAUAUAUAAUUUAAUGUACAAUAUAUAAAAGACAUAAUCUUAUAAUUUUUGAUGUAUUAAUAUAGUCUUAAUAUUUAAGUAUUAUUAUUUUAAUAAAACAUAAUUACAAUAAUUGAUUAUAUACCGAUAAUGAAAUACAUUAAGUAAAUAAAUAGGUAGUUCUAAUUAAUAAGCUAAAAAAAAAAAAUUCAACGCUCAAUAACACGUCUAUAGCAAUGAUAUAAUAAUAAUAAUAAUAAUAGUUCAUUUCAUUCAUGUAUUCAUUGGAGGAGCCUUAUAGUAUAGAAAAAAAAAUUAGAAAUUAGAACGAUAAAUAAAACUACAUAAACAGUAUAAUAUAAACAACAGUUUUAUAUACUCAGUAUUAGUAGUAUUACACAUCCUAAUAUAGGUGUGAUUUUAAAAUACUUCCCAGGGCUGGAAAGAAAAAAAAUCCUCAUUUCCUGAUACGAUAGCCCUUUAAAUAAGGGAGUUUUUCAUAUAAUUUGUGAUGCUACGUGUUGAUAUUAUAUAAAAACAUAACGGUUGAUCGGUUAAUGUACGUUCACGCAGGAAUGGAUGCUAUAUCUAAUUAAUCGGGAGCGUUAAUUUUACCAAUAAUCAUUUUAAAAAUUUAAAAAAUAUCAGCUAGUUCUCGUCUAGAAUCGAUGUGUAUUAAAAUAAUAUAAUUACAGUUUUAGAAUUGAAAUUAAAAUCAAAAACGAUAAAAGUAUAUAAAAUUACAAUAUAAGAAAUUGUCGAAAUGUUUACAGCACUAUAAUAUUAUUAUUUAGUUUAAACUCUUACAUUUAGUAAUAUGAGUUUUACAAACACAAAGAGCGAGCAAAAAAAAAAACAAACUAUUAUUAAUUUAAAUAUUAAGAAACGUUUAAAAAUGUACACUAAUAAUAUUGUGGUUUUUAAUUUUAUUGUCGUCUUUAUAGAUCCUACCUAAUAAGAUCAACGUUUGUAAUGUGUAUUUGUAGGAAAUGUACGUACAUAAUAAUAUUAUUAUGUUAUAUUAUAAUGUAUAUUAAUUGUAAAUUUAAGUAAAAACCAAAAAACAAAACGAUCGAAAUAUCUCAUUAUAUAGUUGUAACGUCUUAUACGAACGAAUAAAAAUAUACUCAAUACAUAAAUA